AUGCGGGCGCUGGUGGCGAUGCUGGCGGCGCUGAGCUGCGCGGCCCCGGCGGGGCGGGCAGCGGCGCCCGGCGGCUCCCUCAGCUCCAACGCCAUCAAGGGCCCCCCGGGGGGCGCCGCGGCCAGCGCCGCCCCGGCCCACGCGGCGCCCUUCGACGGCAGCAACAAGCCGCCGCCGGCCGCCACCCGCCAGCCCUUCCCCUGCUCCGAGGACGAGGACUGCGGCCCCGACGAGUACUGCGGCGGGGCGGCCCGCGGCGGCGGCGCCCCGCUCUGCCUCGCCUGCCGCCGCCGCCGCAAGCGCUGCCUGCGCGACGCCAUGUGCUGCCCCGGCACGGCCUGCAGCAACGGAAUCUGCGCGCCCCCCGAGCCCCAGCCCGGCGCCGGUGAGCUAGACGAGACCGGCGCCGAGACACUGCCCCGACGGACACCUGCACCAGCCUGGCUCCCCGCCGCCAAAGGUGAGGAAGGGGACUUCUGCCUGCGCUCCUCGGACUGCGCCGCCGGCCUCUGCUGCGCCCGCCACUUCUGGUCCAAGAUCUGCAAGCCCGUGCUGCAGGAAGGUCAGGUGUGCACCAAGCACCGACGGAAAGGGUCCCACGGCCUGGAGAUCUUCCAGCGGUGCCAGUGCGCCGAGGGCCUCGCCUGUCGCCUGCAGCGGGACCACGGCGCCACCAACUCCUCCCGCCUGCACACCUGCCAGCGGCACUGAUCCCCCCCCACACACGGCGACGCUUCCCCUUGCACACACACACACACACAUAUCUCCCCAAAACCUCGACGGGAGGGACGGACUCUGGUGGGACCGGCCCGGCCGUGCCGGGGCUGGCGGCACGCGGGAUGUGCCCGGUUGGAGCUUCCCCAGCGCGCUCCUCCUCCUGGCGCUGGAGCUGGAGCGGAAGGUUGUUUCUCUAGGGAACUACUUUUAAGCGACUAAUUGCAGUACGUUACUGUGUUGUGAAUACUCAAGGUGGCACUUAAUGUAUAUAUAUGCCAGAACUUUCAACGAUUAUUCCAAGGGUGCUGCCUUGUGCUCUUCAAGCUAUGACUGUGACUUUGUACACACUGGGUUUUAUCUUAUUUCAGUGGACGGACCUU